CCACAGGUAGCUCACUUUUUACAACCAAGCAAAGCAAGCUCGAGAUGGACCCUCGGAUGGAUUCCACGUGUCAGGGGCUGUUCAUCGCAGUCGACAAAACACCAAAGGAAAGUUUGAUCUAUGCUCUCCAGCUCGAGCCAUAGCGGAAGAACAACACAGGGGAGCUAUGGAGACGCCGAAUUUUGUGGCUAAGUGUCCGGUUCUCAUGUUCGAGGCAGCGCAAGGAAGCGUUUCGUGGCACUCCAGAGCUCUGAUAGGAGAGCUACACAUGAGGGUGCUUGAGAACGCGUUUGUGCGGCUUCAGCUGCGUGAUCUCCUGGACGGUCAGCUCUUGUUUGAGUACACCGUGCGUGAUCCCCAAGUGUUUAGUACCUUGUCGCAACAAUUCUUUGUACUCCGUCACGAGAAUGGCAGUCACAAGGGGUUUGGUUUCAGCAAUCGCAAAGCCGCGCAGGAAACGCAAGCUAGAAUUCAGAGGGCUAUCAACGAUCUAGCCACAAAAAUCACUUCUUCCUCCUGCAGCCAAGCUCAAAAUGCUGCCGUUCCAAAAGUUCUUAUGUCAUUACACCAAGAAAGACGGAAGAGGCAAAGGCUCAAGUUCAAGGGAUUGCGAAGAUUGCGACACUUGUUUGAAAGAAGUGAUAUCGAGAUCGGCUAUCCCACAGAUGUCAAGCACAUUGCUCACAUUGGAUGGGAUACUACUCACUCUAUGGACUGCUCGCGGCCACCGAAUUUCACAGCCACCGCAUUUAACAGUGAUAGUGUGGAUGUGUGCGUCGCUGGAUCAUGGAUUUCUUCCUCUGGUUCCAAAUCUCCUCCAGAUCCUCCAUCAUAUUUUGUCGACUAAAGCUUCGCGAAGAUUCUUACGUAGUUUUCCGUACACGAUGUCGUACAUAUUAUUCUGGUAUAUCCAUGACAAGAUUUUUUUGUG